AUGGAGCUGCUUUGUAAGACCAUCGUCUUCUUUCUGUUUGUGUCUCUCAGCUUUGGGAUUGACUGGGAAUUUGCUCAAAAUUUUAUUGCCGUUGCUGGACCUCUAACCAGUGAGUUAGUAAAUAGAUUGCAUCUGCAGGACCAAGCCCUACCCAAAGAAGAUGGAUGCCCUGCUGUAUCUGAAGGCCAUGGUGCCCUGUGCCAACAAGGUCUUGCAGCUCUUGAGCUGCCCCAGUACUUCUCCCGCCUUCGUGAGAUUGGGGUGACACACUACAAAGUCUUCCUGCCGUGGGCACGCAUUCAUCCAACAGGAGAUGCCAGGAAGCCAGAUGAAGCUCAAGUGCAGUGCUACGAGGAGCUGCUCAGGAUGCUGGUUGCUGCAGAUCUCAGGCCGGUGGUAGUUCUGCAUCACCAGUGUGUCCCUGGUGCUGUGGCUGCACAGGCCACAGGUGGGAAAGCCACUGCUUUUGCUGACCUCUUCCUGCAGUAUGCAGAGUUCAGCUUCCGUGUGUUUGGGGACCUGGUCAGUAUGUGGCUCACCUUCAGUGACCUGCCAGAGGUUCUUAAGAGCCUGCCCUAUGAAGACACCCAGCACCAAGCCCAGGCCUUAGCUGCUGCUCAUGAAAGAGCUUACACCACCUACCACGAGAAAUACUCACUGGCAGGUGGAAAGCUGUCCAUUGCUUUAGGAGCGGGUCAUGUUUUGGAUCGUUCUUCCUUGGAAUUGCUUUCAGUUUCUCUUCAGGAUUCAGUAGACUUUCUGUCUCUCAACCUCCAGUACUACUGUGGAAAUGAAACAGACUUCUACAAGAAAUUGAGUGAAUUCCAGAAUGUCUGGAAAGACACACAGAUCUUGAUUUUCAGUCUAAAGUUCCUUGAUUGUGAUUCCGUGGAAGAGAAUCCUUCCAUACCAGUAGCUGCCGUUUUCACUGCUAUUAGUAAAGACAAGACACUAAUAAUUGGAACUGAUGUUAAUGAGUUAUUGGACUUCUCACCUCGCAUUUUAAGCAAAGCAAAUGCUCUGCGGGAGGACCAAGAUGCUGUUCCCACCUCUCGCUCCUCCUAUCAAACAGUUUGGGAAAUGUUUGCUAAAGAGACUGAACUGGAGAGGGAUUCUUUUCUGCAAGAUGUUUUCCCAAGUGGUUUCCUCUGGGGCACAUCCACAGGGGCUUUUAACAUUGAAGGGGCUUGGGCAGAGGAUGGGAAAGGAGAGAGCAUCUGGGAUCAGUUUGGGCACACAGGUCAUGUCUACAUGAACCAAACAGCGGAUGUGGCUUGUGACAGCUACUAUAAAACCAGCUAUGAUGUUUACCUUCUUAGGGGUCUCCAACCCCAGCUGUACAAAUUUUCUUUAUCCUGGCCUAGAAUUCUCCCUGCUGGCACCACCAAGACCAUCAACUCCAAGGGUGUUGAUUAUUACAACCAAUUAAUUAACCGUUUGCUAGAGUCUAACAUUGAGCCCAUGGUGACUCUGUUCCACUGGGACCUUCCACAAGCUCUCCAGGUUCUUGGUGGCUGGCAGAAUGACAGUAUCAUAGAUGCUUUUGUAAAUUAUGCAGACUUCUGCUUUGCCACUUUUGGGGAUAGGAUCAAGUUCUGGGUUACUUUCCAUGAGCCUUGGGUUAUCAGCUAUGCCGGCUACGGCACUGGAGAGCAUCCACCAGGAAUCACAGACCCAGGAGUAGCAUCUUACAAGGUGGCUCACACAAUUCUCAAGGCUCAUGCCACAGUCUGGCACCUGUACAAUAACAAGUACCGUUCUCAGCAACAGGGGAAGGUGGGGCUGGUGCUGAACUCUGAUUGGGCUGAACCCAAGACUCCAACCAACUCUGAGGACGUGAGGGCCUCUGAGAGGUACCUGCAGUUCAUGCUUGGCUGGUUCGCUCACCCUGUAUUUGUUAAUGGCGAUUACCCAGAUAUCCUGAAGGCUCAGAUCCAGGAAACAAACCAGCAGUGCUCCACAACAGUUGCCCAGCUGCCUGUGUUUACAGAAGAGGAGAAGUCCUGGGUGAAUGGGACUGCAGACUUUUUUGGUCUUUCCCAUUACACUUCCCGCCUGGUCAGUGCUGUGACUGAUGAGACCUGCACUGCAAGCUACGAGAGCAUCGGGCGCUUCUCCGUGCAUGUAGAUCCUUCUUGGCCGCAGGCUGCCUCUUCUUGGAUCCAUGUGGUCCCUUGGGGGUUAAGGCGCCUGCUGAAGUUUGUGUCCCAGGAAUACACAGGGACAAAGAUCCCAAUUUACAUAGCAGGAAAUGGUGUGCCGACAGAAGAUACAGGGGAUCUGAUUAACGACACUCUGCGGGUUAGUUAUUUCCGGCGGUAUAUCAACGAGGCUCUGAAAGCUGUGAAACAAGAUAACGUUGAUGUUCGGUCAUAUAUUGCUCGAUCCCUGGUUGAUGGCUUUGAAGGCCCAGUGGGAUACAGGCUAAAAUUUGGGCUGCAUCAUGUGAAUUUUGAAGACAGCAACAGACCGAGGACUCCCAAGGCAUCUGCUUUUUUCUAUUCCAGUGUUAUUGAAAACAAUGGUUUCCCUUCCAAAGUCUCGGACACAUCUUCUACACCAGUGGUGUUUCACCAACCUGUGCCAUCGAAGUUGCCAUAUUUGCCUGCUUCAGAAGUUCCCUCCAAGGCAAAGAUUGUCUGGAAGAAAUUUUCAUCUCAAACAAACUUUGAAAGGGACAUGUACUUAUAUGGGACAUUCCCAGAAGACUUUAUGUGGGGUGUGUCUUCCUCUGCCUACCAGAUAGAGGGAGGUUGGGAUGCUGAUGGCAAAGGACCCAGCAUUUGGGAUAACUUCACCCACGUCUCAGGGAAUAUAAAAAAUGAUGAUACUGGAGAUAUAGCUUGUGAUAGUUACAACAAGGUGGAGGAAGAUAUUUACCUGCUGAGAGCCUUAGGGGUGAAAAACUAUCGUUUCUCCCUGUCCUGGCCUCGGAUUUUCCCCAACGGAAGGAACAGCUCAGUAAACAGCCAUGGAGUUGACCACUACAACCGUCUCAUUGAUAAACUGGUUGCCAACAACAUUGCUCCAGUAGUCACUCUCUACCACUGGGACCUGCCCCAAGCUCUCCAGGAUGCUGGUGGCUGGGAGAACAGUGAGCUGAUUGACCUGUUUGAUAGUUUUGCAGACUUUUGUUUCCAGACCUUUGGAGACAGGGUGAAGUUCUGGAUCACAUUCAAUGAACCCCAAGUCAUUGCCUGGGCUAGCUAUGGCACUGGAGAAUUUCCACCAAACAUCAAAGAACCUGGCAGUGCUCCCUACAGGGUUGCCCACAUCUUACUUAAAGCUCAUGCCAGGGUCUACCACACAUAUGAUGACAAAUACAGAGCGAGUCAGGGAGGGGUUAUUGCUCUGUGUCCCAACAUUGACUGGGUUGAGCCACAGACACCAAGCAACCCCAGGGACAUAGAAGCUGCAGACAGGUACCUGCAGUUUCUGGUGGGGUGGUUUACACACCCAAUUUUAAAAAAUGGGGACUACCCUGAUGUCAUGAAGUGGAAAGUUGGAAACAGGAGUGAGCUCCAGAACUUGCCAUCGUCUCGCCUGCCGGCUUUCACAGCAGAGGAGCGUGAAUACAUCAGGGGCACAGCAGAUGUCUUCUGCUUCAACACCUACACCUCCAUGAUCAUAACCCACGCAACAACCCAGUUGAGGCCCUUCUCUUAUGAGUAUGAUCAGGAAGUUGCAACAAAAGUUGACAGCUCCUGGCCUUCCUCAGGUCUGUCAAACCACCGUGCUGUGGCCUGGGGGAUGCGGAGGCUACUGAACUGGAUCAAAGAAGAAUAUGGAAACCCCCCAAUAUAUGUACUUGAAAAUGGGGUGGGGCUAAAGACCACAUCAGAGGUUGAUGACAACAGCAGGAUAUUUUACUACAAAACAUACAUAGAUGAAGCUUUAAAAGCUUACAAGUUGGAUGGUGUUAAUCUGAAAGGCUACAAUGCAUGGUCUCUUAUGGAUAGCUUUGAAUGGCUGAAUGGUUAUGAGCUAAGAUUUGGGUUGCACCAGGUUGAUUUUGACAAUCCCAACAGGCCAAGAACCCCGAAGCGCUCUGCUGUGUACUACGCAGAGAUCAUCCACAAUAAUGGUAUCCCACUGCUGGAAGAAGAUCAAUUCUUGUAUGGAGAGUUUCCAAAGAACUUUGUGUGGAGUGUGGCAACUGCAGCAUAUCAGAUUGAGGGAGGUUGGAGAGCAGAUGGGAAAGGACUUAGCAUUUGGGACAAAUAUGCUCACACUCCCUUGAAGAUCAGCAAUGGUGACACUGGAGAUGUAGCCUGUGACAGCUACCACAAGAUUGAAGAGGAUGUGGAAAUGCUGAAAAGCCUGAAGGUGUCUCACUAUCGCUUUUCCAUCUCCUGGUCUCGCGUUCUCCCAGAUGGGACCAUCAGUCACAUCAAUGAAAAGGGCCUGAACUACUAUGAAAGGCUUCUCGAUGCUCUUCUGGCAGCUAACAUUAUGCCUCAGGUAACUCUCUAUCACUGGGACCUCCCACAGGCCCUGCAGAACGUCGGUGGGUGGGAAAAUGACACUAUAGUUCAGAGGUUUAAGGAAUAUGCUGAGCUCCUUUUCCAGAGGCUGGGAGAUAAAGUGAAAUUCUGGAUAACCUUGAAUGAACCCUACAACACUGCAUAUCUUGGCUAUGGUGUUGGCACAGCUGCUCCAGGUGUCUCCGUUCGCCCAGGGCGAGCCCCCUACGUGGUGGGGCACAACCUGAUAAAGGCCCACGCGGAAGCCUGGCACCUCUACAAUGAGACCUACCGGGCAAAACAAGGAGGAGUGAUCUCCAUCACCAUCAACUCUGACUGGGCAGAACCAAGGAACCCACACAAACAGGAGGACAUCGAUGCUGCCAAACAAUACUUGCAGUUUCUUUUAGGCUGGUUUGCUCAUCCCAUUUUCAAAAAUGGUGACUAUAACGAGGUGAUGAAAAGGAGGAUUUGGGAACGCAGCCUGGCGCAGGGUCUGAGUCAGUCCCGACUUCCAGAAUUUACUGAAAGUGAAAAGCAAAGAAUCAAAGGCACCUAUGACUACUUUGGUCUAAACCAUUACACUACAGUUUUAGCAUACAAGAUAAACUACCCUGCUGGUAUUCUGUCGUACGACUCUGACCGGGGUGUGGCUUCAGUAACAGACCGCAGCUGGCUGGGCUCUGGUUCCCUAUGGCUAAAGGUGACACCCUUUGGUUUCCGAAAGAUCCUGAGGUGGAUCAAGGAAGAGUACAACAACCCUCCCAUUUAUGUGACUGAAAAUGGGAUCUCGGAACGGGGAGCCGCAGACCUCAAUGACCCCUGGCGAACACAUUACUAUUGGAGCUACAUUAACGAAGCACUGAAAGCUGUUGUGCUGGACGGUGUUGACUUACGAGGCUACACUGCCUGGACGCUGAUGGACAACUUCGAGUGGGCAGUGGGCUUUGAUGAAAGGUUUGGUUUAUUCCACGUGAACUUCACAGACCCCAGCUUGCCACGGCGCCCCAAGGCCUCGGCCAGGUAUUACUCACAGAUCAUAAACUGCAAUGGGUUUCCAGACCCAACAACGGGCCCACAUCCAUGCCUGGAAGCAGAGCCUGAAGUGACACCGACGGACACUGCCCCAGGAGUGGCCGACAGCGUGCACUUUUUGGGACUAGAUCUAACAUCACAAAGUGCAGAACUAGCUCUCUAUGUGCUUUUUGCCCUUUCUGUAGUUGGAGCAUUGGGCUUGGUUCUUUCUGCAUUCAGGUGCAGAAAAACACCCAAAUCAUCCCAUAAACCACCACAGAUGGAACUCAGUCAAAUGUAGAAGUUCCACUUGGUUGUUUUUUCUGUUUAGAAAACCCCUACAGCACCCAGAGAAGAAACCUAGUGCUUGUACUGCUGCAGCUUUAUGGCUUGCCUCAGAGGUGACUCCCCACCAUUCUCUUCGCUUACCAACUUCAUGUUUUAAAAGAAAUACUUUUUCUGUGUUCCCCUUCUGUUUUCUCCCCAGGCACAAUUGAUUUCUUAAAGACAAAAGUAAAACUGCAGCUUUCUGUCUGCAUAAGGAUUCUGAACUUACAACUUUCAGCUGUUCUCACUUCACCAUCUCCCCUUAGGUGAUGAAGAUCUUUUCAAGUGAUCCAAGAGCAGUGCCUAAAAGCUCUAUUGCUUCUUAGUGGUGAAAGCUGAGGUGGCAGAAGAUGCUGCUUUAGUGCAGGCACUGUACUGGGGCUUUCUUCCCAUUAAUUUUACAUACAAGGAAAAAAAAAAAAACACAUUAAAAAUGGAAGUGGCCUCAGUGCAACGUCUUCAUGGUUGGAGAGACAGAACUUAAGUCUCCUUUAAGCAGCAGCUGAAGCAACACAGCACACCUCUAACACUGAGGUCUCUAACAGUGAAAGGCACAGUCCUUUGGUGGGGGUGAGUGGGACAGAAGGUUGACAUCCUUCCAUGUAGGAAGGCUGUAACCCAUUCUCUAAAACAAGCUUCCAGGCUCUUGUGUUGCAGCCCUCUUGCUAACGACAUUUUCAUUCGAUGUGAUAAAAACUCCUCUUUUUUUCCACUGUAGCACACCACUUCAGAUGUGUUUUACCAGAUUUUAACACAAACAACUCCUGAGUGUAGUAAACUGGGACAAAAAGUCUGCGUUUUAAAUUUUGGUGUAUUAUCCUAACUGCUCACUUCUUUGUGACAAAAGUACUUCAGAGAAACUUCAAGUGAAGACAGUUGUUUUCUGGAAAAUAGUUUAUUGAGUGCUGGGGGACAUUUAAAAACUACAAGAUUUUUGCUUGCAGUUGCAGGAAGCAAGAAAAAGUUAAACAUAAAUUAGUUACCUGAUUUGCUACUUAUAGUGCUUCUGAAACCCUCAUUUUAAUCAGUCAUUGCCUACUAUGACCUUUAUAUUAAUACCUGGCUUUUAAAUUUUUUUAGCAGAAUAUUUAUAGAUUAAAAAGUGCCUUUCUAAGGCAGUAGGGUAAUGAUUAUGAAAGCUGAAGGAGAUUUUCAGUCUUUUUAACUCUUUGCCUCUAGGCCUCAGCUACACCCACUCCAUUUUUCUGACUUUGGUGAAUGUAUUCCAUACUCCACUGUGGGAAUAAGACUAAAUAAUAAUUCAAGUCAGUGUAAAGUAAACCCCACUUGCCCAGAAGCUUUAGCUGACUCAGAUCAAAUAAGAAAGAAAGAAAAAAGCCAGACACCAAUUACUGGAGUUACUUUAAACUACAUUUGUUGUGUAGAAUUUCCAUUCCAAGUAUUGUUUUCAUCUUCUCCAUCAUCUUGCGUCCUCAGUCUAUAGAUUUUGCCUUCUUUUUUGAAGUCUUCCCCCCGCUUUUCCAUGACUCGUUUCCUGACUGCUUGCCUAGGGUACAAAUGACAGCAAGGUUGGACAGUUUCCCUGGUAAUACCUUCUCU